GUCCAAUGAAAUGACAAAAGUAUAUAUGCCACGAUGUCACACGUGUAUAACAACAUACUUACGUGUAAGACAUGAAAUCUCGCCACGUGUUCAGACACAAACUUUCCAUGUUUCUCUUCUCUCUGUUUUUGCUCUGUUUCAGACACAGAAGAAACUUGUUCUUGUUCUUGUUCUUGUUGUUCUUCAUAUUCUUUCUUUGCAACAUAAGUUUCAAUGGCAUUUUCACUCAGAACGAAGACAUUUACGUUUAUAGAAGGAGAUGAGGAUCCAAUUCAGUUGUGGAAUAAGAUUCUUGAAUCAGAUCAAUUGCAUAAAGGCGUUUAUCAUACCCUAUGUGCUGCUUAUGCAAUUGUUUCCUUCAUUGCCCUUGUACAACUGGUGAGGAUUCAAAUGAGGGUACCUGAAUAUGGAUGGACAACACAAAAGGUUUUUCACUUGAUGAAUUUUCUUGUUAAUGGAGUGAGGGCUGUUCUUUUUGGUUUGUACAAAAGUGUUUUCGCAAUUAGACCGAAGGCAUUGGAGCAAGUGCUAAUGGAAGUUCCCGGUCUUCUAUUUUUCUCUACUUAUACAUUGCUUGUCUUGUUUUGGGCUGAGAUAUAUCACCAGGCUAGAAGUGAACCUGCACAAAAGCUUAGGCCAGCAUAUUUUUCAAUAAAUGGAGUUGUUUACCUCAUACAAAUUUGCCUAUGGCUUUACAUGGCUGCAAGCAAAACUGCCGCUGGCUAUGAAAUUGCUAAACUCUUCCUAGCAGUUAUAUCCUUCUGUGCCGCUCUUGGAUUUUUGUUGUAUGGUGGAAGGUUGUUUUUCCUAUUGAGGCGCUUCCCUAUCGAAUCCAGAGGUCGUCAAAAGAAGCUUUAUGAGGUUGGAUCAGUUACAAGUAUUUGUUGCGCUUGUUUCUUGAUAAGAUGUGUUUUGCUUGCUGUUUCUGCAUUUAAUGAGAAAGCAGACCUUGAUGUUUUGGAUAAUCCCAUGCUUAAUCUAACAUACUAUGUGUUGGUGGAGAUUGUUCCAUCAGGAUUGGUAUUGUUCAUUCUGCGAAAGCUUCCGCCAAAGCGAGUUUCGGAUCAGUAUCACCCCAUUAGAUAGUGUGUAUUCCAAAUUGUCUCGCGAUAUUCAAUUCAACAGUCUGUUUCAUUUUAUUAAAUACUCUCAUCAAUACAUCUUUUGAUCUAUCUGAGCUGCUCCAUAAUAGUUCAUUACUGUUCUGUUGUAUAUUCAUAAUUUUAUUUUAUUUUAUUAAUUUGUUUACAAGUUUUACAUGCGUCUUUUUAAGAUGUUAUUUGCACAAAUCAAAAGAUGACUUUGAUUAAUAUGUAACUUUCAAAUAUGUCAUUAUCUUUUUCCAGUCUA